CAAAUUAUUUUCCCCAGAUUGCCAUUCAAGAGUUUCUUGAAGUUCUUGUUUUUUUUUUUUCUGCAGAUUAUAAAGCUUGAAUCUUUCUUGCUUUUCUUCCAUUUCCGAGUUUCGUUUCCUCCCUCUGUCUCUUCAAUUGUACUUGUCCACUGAGACAGAUCCAUAAGGAUUUUCAGACAGAGAGAGGGAGAUGGCGGGAGGGAGGAGGAGGAGGAGGCUGCAUCUGAGCAAGCUCUAUUCGUACACGUGCGGGAAAUCGAACUUCAAAGAGGACCACUCGCAAAUCGGAGGACCCGGUUUCUCCCGGGUCGUUUUCUGCAACGAGCCUGGCUCGCCGGAGGCGGAGCGGCGGAGCUACGCCGGAAAUUAUGUCCGUUCGACAAAGUACACCGUCGCUUCCUUCAUCCCAAAGUCUCUGUUCGAACAGUUUCGCCGCGUCGCAAACUUCUUCUUCCUCGUCACCGGUCUCUUGGCCCUCACGCCAUUGUCGCCGUACGGAGCCACCAGUGCUCUUCUUCCCCUGGUCCUCGUCAUCGCCGCCACCAUGGUCAAGGAAGGCAUCGAAGAUUGGCGCCGCAAACAGCAGGACAUAGAAAUGAACAACAGGAAGGUGAAGGUUCACGACGGAAACGGAAUAUUCCGGCAGGAAGAAUGGAGGAAUCUCCGGGUCGGAGACAUUGUAAAAGUCCAGAAAGACGAGUUUUUCCCGGCGGAUCUUAUGCUGCUUUCGUCAAGCUACGAAGAUUCCAUCUGCUAUGUCGAAACGAUGAAUCUCGACGGCGAGACGAAUCUGAAGGUGAAACAGGGACUUGAAUGGACAUCUUCGAUGUUACACCAAGAUUCUGAUUUCAGAGAUUUCAAAGCUGUCGUGAGAUGCGAGGACCCUAACGCGAAUCUUUACUCCUUUGUCGGAAGCUUCGAACACGAAGAACAGAAGUUGCCAUUGUCGAUUCAGCAGCUUCUUCUCAGAGAUUCAAAGCUCAGAAACACAGAGUAUGUGUACGGAGCCGUCAUUUUCACCGGACACGACACAAAGGUGAUUCAGAACUCGACUGAUCCUCCAUCGAAGCGAAGCACGAUUGAGAGAAAGAUGGACAAGAUCAUCUACUUGAUGUUCGGAGUUGUGUUCCUUAUCUCAUUCAUCGGUUCAAUCAUCUUUGGAGUCGAAACACGAGACGAUAAAGAAUCGAACGGGAAGAUGAAGAGAUGGUACCUAAGACCAGACGAUUCCGACAUCUUCUUCGAUCCAGAUCUUGCUCCGGUGGCAGCCAUCUACCAUUUCCUCACAGCUGUUAUGCUCUACAGUUACUUCAUCCCGAUAUCUCUAUACGUUUCCAUCGAGAUCGUCAAGGUUCUUCAGAGCAUUUUCAUAAACCAAGACAUUCAUAUGUACUACGAGGAAGGCGAUAAGCCCGCGCACGCAAGAACAUCGAAUCUGAACGAAGAACUCGGACAAGUCCACACGAUUCUUUCAGACAAAACCGGGACUUUGACGUGUAAUUCCAUGGAGUUUAUCAAGUGUUCUAUCGCCGGGACAGCUUAUGGACGCGGUGUAACCGAGGUCGAGAGAUCAAUGGCUGAAAGAACAGGUCUUUCGCCUUCAGAUCAUGAUGAUGAAAAUCGGGAUCUGCCCAAGAUUAAAGGGUUUAAUUUCGAGGACGAGAGGGUUAUGGAUGGGAAUUGGGUGAAGCAGCCUCAUGCCGUGGUGUUGCAGAGGUUUUUCAGGUUAUUAGCAGUUUGUCACACCGCUAUUCCCGAGGUUGACGAAGAGAACGGGAAAGUCUCGUACGAGGCCGAGUCUCCGGAUGAAUCAGCUUUCGUUGUUGCUGCCCGAGAACUCGGGUUCGAGUUCUUUAACCGGACACAGACCAGCAUUUCUGUCCGGGAAUUGAAUCUUGGAACAGGGCGAAAACACGAGAGGGUUUACGGUCUACUAAACAUUCUCGAGUUCAACAGCACGAGGAAGAGGAUGUCGGUUAUCGUGAGAGACGAAGACGGGAAACUCUUCUUGCUGUCCAAAGGAGCUGACAGCGUAAUGUUCAAAAGACUCGCGAAGAACGGGCGUCAGUUUGAAGCAAAAACCCGGGAACACGUGAACGGAUACGCAGACGCAGGCCUGAGGACUCUGAUACUUGCGUAUCGGGAACUUGACGAGAAUGAGUACAUAGAAUUCAGCAAGAAAUUCAACAAUGCCAAGAAUUCUGUGAGCGCAGAUCGCGAGGCCUUGAUAGAUGAAGCCACGGAGGAGAUGGAACGAGAUCUGAUCCUCCUCGGCGCCACUGCAGUCGAGGACAAGCUUCAGAACGGGGUUCCAGAUUGCAUCGACAAGCUUGCUCAGGCCGGAAUAAAGAUUUGGGUUCUAACUGGAGAUAAAAUGGAGACUGCUAUCAAUAUCGGAUUUGCCUGUAGUUUACUCCGACAAGAGAUGAAGCAGAUCAUAAUCAAUCUUGAGACUCCAGACAUCAUAGCCUUGGAGAAAUCUGGAGAGAAGGAUGAAAUCGAGAUGGCGUCGAGGGAAAGCGUCGUGAAGCAAAUAAGAGAAGGAAAGGCUCAACUCGAUGCAUCAUUUACAAGCUCGGAAGCAUUUGCUCUGAUCAUCGACGGGAAAUCACUUGCUUAUGCCCUGGAAGACGAUAUCUCGAAAACUUUUCUCGAUCUUGCCACGGGAUGCGCCUCUGUCAUAUGCUGCAGAUCAUCGCCGAAACAGAAAGCAUUGGUUACGAGAUUGGUUAAAACUGGAACCGGGAAGACAACCUUAGCGAUCGGAGAUGGGGCGAACGACGUGGGAAUGCUUCAAGAAGCGGAUAUCGGAAUUGGAAUAAGCGGGGUCGAAGGAAUGCAGGCCGUGAUGUCAAGUGACAUAGCCAUUGCUCAGUUCAGAUACUUGGAACGUCUUUUGCUCGUUCACGGCCAUUGGUGUUACAGAAGAAUCUCAUCAAUGAUCUGCUACUUCUUCUACAAGAACAUCACCUUUGGUGUCACGUUGUUCUUAUACGAAACCUACGCUUCGUUCUCUGCUCAACCAGCUUACAAUGAAUGGUUUCUUUCGCUAUUCAACGUCUUCUUCUCUUCUCUUCCGGUCAUCGCCCUCGGGGUUUUCGACCAGGAUGUCUCGGCUCGCUUCUGUUUCAAGUUCCCGCUGUUAUAUCAAGAAGGAGUCCAGAACGUUCUCUUCAGCUGGAGAAGGAUCAUCGGAUGGAUGCUAAACGGUGUGAUCUCGGCCAUAAUGGUUUUCUUCCUAUGCAAGGAAUCUCUGAAACACCAGCUCUUCAACUCCGACGGAAAAACCGCCGGCUGGGAAAUUGUCGGAGGGACAAUGUACAGUUGCGUUGUCUGGGUCGUGAACCUGCAGAUUGCUUUAUCCAUAAGCUAUUUCACGUGGAUUCAACACAUAGUGAUAUGGGGAUCGAUAGGGAUCUGGUACGUAUUUCUACUGAUAUACGGAGCAAUCGCGCCGAGUUUCUCGACAGAUGCGUACAAAGUGUUCGUGGAAGCUCUGGCUCCUUCUCCAUCGUACUGGUUCAUCACCCUGUUCGUCAUGAUCUCCACUUUGAUCCCUUACUUCGUGUACAAGUCGAUUCAGAUGAGGUUUUUCCCGGGUUAUUACCAGAUGAUUCAGUGGAUUCGGUACGAGGGUCAGUCCAAUGAUCCUGAGUUUGUGGAGAUGGUGAGACAGAGAUCCAUUCGUCCCACCACUGUCGGGUUCACGGCGAGAAGAGCCGCCAGUUCGAGGAAAUCCGGUCGGUUUCACGAACAGAUUCAUCACGGUUUGAUCCAUUUGUGAUCGGAUUUGUCUCUGUUCUUAUGUUCAGCAAAGAUGUAGAUAUUUUACUUUGGGAAAGGUUAGGGUUUCUGGUCGAGAUGCCGUGUCGGGGAAGUCAUCAUAUAGAGAACGAGUUCUGAAAAGAAUUUGACACAAGUAUAUGUGUAUAUACUCCCUCGUGUAUAGAUUUCGAUCUGUCCCUUUUUUUUCAUUUUUGGCUUUUGGGGUUUUCACGCAUUUUUUGGUUUAAUUGUAUUUGAACUCGAUUAAUAAAAUGUAUUAAUUAUUUAAUUA